AACAUAACCUUGAAUCAGAGAUUGAUAAAGAAAUAAAUGUGCAACUAAGGAAAUUUAUUAUUUAUAACAAAAAGGUGUAUAUAUAAAAGUACAAAAUGACACGCAUAGUAUUUUUACAUCCAGAUCUUGGAAUCGGUGGAGCCGAGAGGUUAGUAGUUGAUGCUGCUUUAGCAUUAAAGAAAAAUGGUCAUGACGUUUCUUUCGUGACAACUCAUCAUGAUCCGGAUCACUGUUUUCUUGAAACGAAAGAUGGUACAAUUCCCGUUACAGUUGUUGGUAACUGGUUACCGAGACAUAUUCUAGGUAAAUUUUUUGCAUUAUGCGCUUACAUUCGAAUGAUGUAUGCAGCAACCUAUAUAAUAUUUUUAAGAAACCGUCCAGACUUAGUAUUUUGUGAUUUAGUUUCGGUAUGUAUUCCCAUUCUUCGACUAUACAUUCCUCAUAUUGUGUUUUAUUGUCAUCAUCCGGAUCAAUUGCUUUCUACUCCUGGCAGUUAUUCCAAAGCGUUGUAUCGUAUACCUCUAAAUUAUUUAGAAGAGAUUACAACUGGAAUGGCUCAUAAAAUUUUUGUAAAUAGCAAAUAUACACGUAACGUAUUUAAAUCAACGUUUAAGAAGUUACAUGUUCAACCAGAAGUCCUGUAUCCUUCUAUCAAUACAGACUUCUUUGACAAAACAAGAAUAGUAGUAUUAGAAAGAAUAUUGGAUAGGAAAUUGCCAGAUGAUAGUGUCAUUCUCUUAUCAAUUAACAGAUAUGAGAGAAAGAAAAAUUUAUCUCUGGCAAUAGAAACCCUUGCUUAUCUUAAAAAGUCUGUAACUGAAGAAGAAUACAAACGAUUGUAUUUAAUUAUGGCUGGUGGAUAUGAUAAAAGAGUUGAGGAGAACGUCGAACAUUAUUUAGAAUUAAUACAACUUUCAGAUGAAUUACAUGUUACGGAUAAAGUUAUCUUCUUACGUUCUCCUUCUGACAUUUAUAAAGUUUCUCUCUUAAAACACUGUGAUAUUUUGAUAUACACUCCGCAAAAUGAACAUUUUGGUAUUGUUCCAUUAGAAGCUAUGUAUAAUGGUAAACCUGUAAUUGCUCAUAAUUCUGGUGGUCCUAUGGAAUCAAUUAUUGACAAAGUUACUGGGUAUUUAGUUGAUGGUUCUAGUAAAGAAUUUGCUGAAAAAAUUAAAAUAUUAAUAAACAAUCCGUCUCUCAUAGAAAAAUAUGGAAAAGCUGGUAGAGAACGGUUUCUUGAAACAUUUAGCUUUACAGCAUUUAGCAAUCAGUUGAAUAAAGCAAUAGACGAACUAAUUAACUGUAAGAAAGAUUAAUAUGAUUAUCUAUUUUCGACUACUAUACUUUUUUUUUUUUUUUUUUUAAAUAGAUACGUUAUUCAUUACGAUUAGACAUUUAAAAAAUAUAAUAUAUAUUUAUAAAGUAAAAGUUUCAAUUAUUUUAUUCUCAAGAGAGAGGAGUAAGGGAAACUUAAUCUAUAUAUCCAAUUAAAUCUAUUAAAUUAAAUGUUUUUACUAUUUUCAGAACUCUAUUAUAAGA